AUGAGUGGGUUGUUCUUUAGAUCUUGCAGGUUUGGCUUAGAUGCCUUAAUUAUACCGAAGAGGUCCGUCCUGGGACCUUUGAGGCCACUGAAUACCAGGAUGUUCACACAUAUCAGCCCUGCUGGCUUCAGCCUGGCAAAGAUUAACCACACAAGUUCGAGUUUUGGUCAACUGAAAUGCAGAAAUAAUUUUGAUGUGCGGUUUAUUGGAUUUGCACAUUUAUUUGGAGUAAGAGGCUUUUCGUCAACCAUUCGCGUUUGUGCUGAAGUCAAGACUGGCCAUGAGGACGACAAGAAAAGUUCCUCUUUGCUGCCUCACGCAGCGACCACAGAUAUAGAAGCUGCUGUUUUAGAGGAGCAGCAGAAAUCAGGUUUCAAGGAGGUGUGGAGACUUUUGAAGUUGGCGAAGCGCGAUUCGCGGCUUUUCGGAAUAGCCAUAGUGUUUCUUUUUCUCAGUGCUGCAAUAGUCAUGAGUCUUCCGAAAGUCACAGGAGAGAUACUGGAUGCCACUCGAAAAUUUGCUGAUCUCGAGUCUAUUGAGCUCUUUGGGCUUACUUUGAACGAGUUUUUGCUGGCCAUGGGGUUGCUGUUGAUCGUCUCAACGGCAGCCACGUUUGGGAGGAUUAUCAUCCUGAGAGUGUUGGGAGAGAGACUUGUGGCCAGGCUCAGAUCCAGCAUCAUGAAAAGAACAUUGACGCAAGACAUGGAGUUUUUUGAUGUUCACAAAGUGGGUGAUCUUAUCUCCAGACUGUCUGGGGACGCCUAUGUGGUCUCCAGAUCCGUGACUCAAAACCUUUCAGAUGGAAUCAAACACACCAUUGUAGGUUGUUCCGGUAUCACGAUGAUGUGCUUGUUAUCCAUGAAGCUUUCUUUUGUCAUAUUGGCGUUUGCUCCUCCGCUGAUAUGGGGUUCCUAUGUUUAUGGCCAGAAAAUACGAACUAUCUCGAGGUCUUUGCAACAGGCCGCUGGUAUGCUAUCCAAAACUGCUGAGGAAGAGCUGAAUUCCAUCAAAACAAUCCAGUCUUUUACGGGAGAGGGGAAGGAGUUGCACAGAUACAACAGUCAGGUCAGAGACGUUUAUAAAAUUGGAUACAAAGAGGCUUUGACGAAUGCCACAUUCUUCGCCUCCACUGGAAUCAUUGGAAAUGUCACAUUCCUGCUGAUUCUGGGCUAUGGAACUCACCUGGUGAUGAAAGGUUUCAUGACUGUGGGUGAUCUUACUGCCUUUAUGCUCUACACCGAGUAUGCUGGUGGUGCCGUUUUCGGUCUGGCCAACUUCUACUCGGAGCUCAUGAAGGGAGCCGGUGCAUCUUCACGUUUGUUCGAGCUCUUGGAUAGGAAGCCUGUGAUAGAACAGUCUCUUGGAAAGAAGCUGAAAAUCACCCGCGGUGAAAUCGUUUUUGAAAAUGUGUCGUUCUCAUACCCUACCAGACCAGACAACCAGAUCUUUGACAAGUUGUCUUUCACAAUAGCACCUGGUCAGAACGUUUGCAUUGUGGGUCCAUCUGGUCGCGGAAAGUCUACCAUUGCGUCGCUUUUGCUGAGAUUCUACAAUCCUACUGGUGGACGAAUUCUCAUAGAUGACCAAGAUAUUACAAAAUACAGUGUAAACUCGCUGAGACGAGUCUUAGGGGUGGUUCAACAAGAGCCUGUCCUUAUCUCCGGAACCGUUGCUGACAAUAUCCGCUAUGGAAUCUCCAACUCCAGCAAAGUCACUAACGAGGAAAUGAUAAGCGCUGCCAGAAAGGCAAAUUGCCACGAGUUUGUGUCCGCAUUUACAGAUGGCUACGACACCAAUAUUGGACCGCGUGGUUCUCUACUUUCCGGUGGGCAGAAACAACGUGUUGCUAUUGCGAGAGCUCUUUUGAAGAACCCAAGCAUCCUGAUCCUGGACGAGGCCACUUCGGCACUAGACUCGAAAUCUGAACACGCAGUCAACUACACUCUCUCGAGGCUCAUGCGCGACAAGUCUCUUACCACAAUCUCAAUUGCACAUAGACUAUCCACCAUUGAAAGGGCAGAUUACGUCUUGGUAUUGGGCUAUGAUGGCAAGCUUGCUGAGUACGGAAAGUUCAAGGACCUUUACAGCAACAAGGAUUCGCGCCUAUUCAAACUUCUCAACGACGAAGCGAGAAAGGAACAAGUGGAGAAGAGUGAGAAAGAUGCCGUGGCUGCCGCUGCCAAGGUUAAACUUGCUGAUCUCAAUAAGCUGCGAGGAGAGGAGCAGGAGCAGGAAAUUCUCUCUACAGCGGAAGGAAUCUCACAAGAAGACAAGGAUGAGGCCGAAAGAGGUGUACAGAAGAUUAGAGAUGAGAUUAUAAGCAAGGAGAAGGAGAUUUUGGACGACAGAUUUCUCAAGAACAACAUUGACGUGCCAUUGCCGGACCAUCUCAAGUUCGAACAGCUUGUCAAAGACCAUUCCACCCGCACGAACUCGCAGUGA